AUGUUUUCACCGAAAGCGAAAUCAAGAGCAACUGUGACGUUGGCAUGCUUGUCAAAUGACAAGGAGAUUCGCGACCAACAGGCAAUACUUCUGCUAAUGCUCCAUUCCCGAGCAUGCAACGAAGAGUGUGGAGUGGAGGAUUGCUGGUUGAUGAAGAGAAGGCUGUCACACGUCAAAUCCUGUGGUGGCGCUGCUAAUUGCCGCAACAAGAGCUAUUGCAGUGCGUACUUUGCACUUAUAAGGCAUUGGGCACGUUGUAAAGAUCUACAGUGUCUCUUCUGUGCACCUUUGAAACGUGAGCUCUCCUUGGAAGCAAGAAAGCUGAAGGGAUGCCGAAAGAAUGGCAACUUUAGACUUGAAGAUAAGAACUCUUGA